GCAACUGGGAACCGAAUAGUCUGCUUCUGUAAACAGUUAAGGAGACGGUUACAGAACACGAUGGGUAACGAGAUUGUUGGGCUCUACUUCUCCCCCUUCUGCCCCACUCCCUUGACACCGUUAUAAAACCCCCAUCAACACAUAACAGAGAGACACAAACAAACAUGGAGGCGGUUCCCAAGCUCCGCGUCUUCUUCUUCAUCUUCUGCCUCUUCCUCUGUAUUUCACAGACUCAUGAGGUCCAACUCAUAGUGGUAAACAACUGCAACAGCAGCAUCUGGCCAGGCACACAAGGCAGUGCAGGCAAUAUAUCUCCUCAGAAUGGAGGCUUUCAUCUCGGCGUAGGAGAAGAGAUGGCCUUCUACGUGCCCAAUGGCUGGUCCGGAAGGAUAUGGGGUCGCCAAGGCUGCUGUUUUGACGAACAAGGAAAGGGAUUCUGCCAAACUGGUGACUGCAGUGGCCUUCUGUAUUGCAAAGGUAGUGCUGGAAUGCCACCAGUCACAGUGGUGGAAAUGACAUUUGGAACUCCCCAGUCUCCUCUCCAUUACUACGACGUCAGCUUGGUCGAUGGAUUCAAUCUUCCGGUGACCAUGGCGCCCGUCGGCGGUGGAGUGGGAUGCGGCACCGCCGGCUGCGAGGUGAACCUGAAUGUGUGCUGCCCUUCGAAGUUUGAAGUCAGGAUGGAAGGAAAGAUUGUUGGAUGCAAAAGUGCGUGCUUGGCUCUUCAGACGGAUAAGUACUGCUGUACUGGGGAGUUCGGGUCGCCGAUGACUUGCAAGCCAACUCUUUUUUCGCAUCUGUUCAAGGCUAUAUGUCCGAGGGCUUACAGUUUUGCAUAUGAUGAUCCAACAAGUUUGAAUAGAUGUAAGGCGUCUCAUUAUGUAAUAACUUUCUGUCCUCCCAGAAAAUGAAGAAGGGAUGCUCAGUCUGGUUUGGGUUAUGGUUUCGUUCUUAGUAGUUGGUAGGGUUGUUGAUGUGGAUGACUUUUUUCUUAAUUUUUUUGUAGGGCCACUUUCAUGAAAAUGUUUUAUCUUCUUUUUAUAGAACAUUGGGAUUUUAUUGUACAGGGUUAUAAUUCUGAUAGAAAUAUGGGCUUCUACAAUAGGACAGAG